AUGAGCUUCGAUAACCCCUCCUCCUUCGCGCAGUGGCAGUCUUCAAUUGCUUCGUCUACAGACAAACAACCUCAGUCUAGACCGCCCAAGCCAGCUCAAUCGCCUUGGGGACAGAAUCCGUUCGCCUCCAGCAUUAGGCGUGGACUCACCCCCCUUGCUACCUCGAACCUGACCUCGACUUCAGGCACGCGCAGGGAACAAACGCUCAGUGAAGCCGAACUCUACACUUCCUCAUCCUCUCCAGCCUCCGGUAAUUUUCCUCCUCUUGCCAGCUCACAACCUCGCUUUGGAUCGCGGCGAGGAACACCACCUGGCUCGUCGCACUCGAAUUCACCCAUCACUACGCUUCAAGCUGGCGCCCUUCAGCUGCAAGCCUAUCAACCGCGUUCUGUCACAUCCCCCAGAUCAAGAACAAUUACUUCGUCUCAGGCAUCAGCCACUGGCGCUGCUGGCACGUUUUCGCACUCAGGCCCUGGGGCCGGUGGUGGAGGAGUCUACAAUAGGAGUGGUGCAUAUUCUCCUUCUUUGACAGGGCCCGGCGUCGGCUCACCGACAGGCCUAAGCUUUGAGCGCUCUCCUAGUAUAUCCUCCAACGUCAGUUCUGCCGCGACUGGUCCCUCCUCACUCUCCAAGAUCUCAGCGACUCAGAUUCUCCUGCUGCUUGAUACUAUCAGUGAAAGAGAGGGAAAGGCAAAGUGGGACAGUAAGGCCGAAAAGAUUAGAAGACUACUUGAUUCGAACGGGAUGGAGGUCUUUGCACAAUUCUUCAGGCGCUCUGUCAUAUUGAACGCUGCCGCCAUUUUUUCAGGCGCCAAAGACUUUGAUCAGGGAAGCUACAAGCUUCUGCGGCAAGAGUUGGACAAAGUGCUUUGGGAUCCAGAGCAAGCCUACAAGAUCUCGGAGGCCAUUGACACGUCGAAAGAGGACUUGUUUCGAGACUUUGAUUUGGUGACUUUUGUGCAGCACUUUUUUGUCGAUACUCUGCCUCAGGUCAUCCUGGCGAUCGCCUUCACGAGAUGUGCACGCAGUGAUUUGAGGGCCAAGGCGGAGAAUUUCCUGGCAGACUUCGGCCAGAACUCUCUCCGUAUGCUUGCAGACAGCCGUGGAAAUGCACAGGCAUAUUCUGCUGAGAAUGUCUGCGCGGUCAUCGAAUAUUACGCCUUGGCGGCUGGGACGAGGUCCCAGCAACAAAAGAUUGACCUCUGGACGGCACUGUCUACCCGUUAUGCUGGUGUCAAACCCGAACAGUUCGCAGCUGCCCAUACAUCCUCCCAGCUCCUAGGUAUCGUCAACGACGCCCGAGAGUUAGCACGCGGGCUGCAGCGUCAUGGGCCUAGAUUGACCGCUUCCAAACAGGCCGCGCAAGAGUUUCUGGGUUCUUUGAACCCCACGACUGUCACCGAAGCCGAAGUAGCGAACGCCUUACUGUACCUCACGUUCACUCACAACCAGCAGUACGACUCGAGCAAUUUUGUUUCUGCUCUCCUGACAAAACAGCUGGACUGGAAUUUAGUCAUCCAAGGAUUCGAUAUUCCUGAUCUACGGUUACGCCGUAACCUUUUCCCCACGCUCUUCAAUGCCCUCCUACAAGUUGCAUUGGAGCAUCCGCAAUUUGACAUCCAGAAACUUUGGGGAGGUAGUUGGCAGAACUCCGACACUCAGAUCUCUUUUCUUUGGAGUUUCCUCGCCUGUCCCAAGGAGAUCCAACUGUCCAGGAUCCCUGGCUUCCGACCGAGUUUGUCAUUGGAAGACUUUCCCAAUCUGCCGGCCGAGAUGAGGAUGCAGCUCGAGGUCGAAAUGCAAGGCCCUUAUGCAUCUGCUGAUGCUUGGCAGGCAAUUGUUGAUGUGGUACUGGGGCUGGGGCAAGGCGCAACACCUGACGGCGAGGACCGCCUCGACAUAUUGAGUGAUGUCUACCAGAACCAUACUGCCACCUUCUUGUUGUUCCUCGCCGGCAUCGGUGCCAAACCUUGGACUCCGGAUCAAGAGAAGUUCAUCGCGGAGUCUUUCGGUCUGUUUCUCGAGAAACAGAGGCCAGAUUACGGCCCAGUUCUGGAAACACUCGCGUCACGAAACCCCCAGUUCCUCUUUGACCUCUGUCACCUGGUCUUCCAGCUCGACCCACGGCAGACAGAAGUUGUGUAUGAGCGAGCCGAAGAAUUUGGCUGGACCGAGGAUUUCCUCAAGCAUUGGUCGAAUCCUCUGGCCCUUGACGUCGCUUGCAUUCGGCACAAAGUCCAACCGGGAUUCGACUUGGACAGAUACAUCUCCGACGCUGGAGACGGUCAGUCAAACCUGGGAAUGAUUCUCUGUAAAUACUUGCGCAUCAAGGCCGAUGACGAAUUCCGUGUCCAGCGCGGCGAAUCCCCCCCACAGUCCAUACCCCUCAGUUUACGGACUGUACAUACCCUUCUCGAGAAGCUAGAGGAUCACCUCGACAAUCGUGAACUAGUCGAGGCUGCACAGACUACUUGCCUGCAGACAUACCCGCGACUGAUGAACUACGGCGCCGGAUUUGAUGAUGUUCUAGAAAAGAGCAGCGAAGAGAAAGGGAAUAAGCUGCCCGAAGCCAUUGACAAGCAGAUGUCAGAACUGUUUGGUCGAAUGUAUCGUUCGGAACUGUCGAUCCGCGACAUGGUCAAUGAGAUGCGAAGGUACAAGACCUCAAGAGAUCCGGACCAACAAGAUCUUUUCUGCUGCAUCGUCCAUGGCUUAUUCGAUGAAUACGUGUGCUAUUACGAAUAUCCAGAAGAUGCUUUGGAGAAGACAGCACUCCUUUUUGGCAGCAUCAUCAAGUACAAACUGUUGCCUUCUAUCCCUCGGGACUUUGGCCUUGCCCUCAUUCUCCGAGCCGUCCGUGAGAACGAGCCUGACAGCCUGAUGCACCGGUUUGGCGUUGAGGCGCUGCUGCAGAUCAGCGAUCAAUUAGCCGAAUGGCCAGGACUUUGCAGUCUUCUGUUACAGGAACCUUCGCUCCAACACCCCGAAAUUCUGCAGCGGGCAGAGGAAGGCCUACGAGCUCAGCAAGCCGCCAGCAACACCCCCGGCACCAACGGGGUUGGGAAUGCUGUAACGGCAAAUGGCGAAGAACAUGCGAAAGCCGACACAGGCCGUGGGUUCCGAGCAUUACACGCCGACCCUCCUCCUCUUAGUGCUCAUUUCAGAGAUCCAGAUCAGAAGGUGCAAGAGAAGAUCCUCUUUGUCAUUAACAAUCUCUCUAAGGACAACAUGUCUAGCAAGUUGGCUACGUUGAAGGAGUCCUUUAGCCCGGAGCACUAUCAGUGGUUUGCCUCAUAUCUGGUGGAACAGCGCGCCAGGCUGGAACCCAAUAAUCAGGAGAUGUACUUCCAGCUCGUCAACAUGCUGAACGACAAUCUUCUCAUGUCGGAGAUCAUACGAGAGACGUAUGUCAGUAUCGUCAAAAUGAUGAGUGCUGAGUCGACGAUCAGUUCUGCUACAGAGAGAAGCCAUCUGAAAAAUCUUGGCGGCUGGCUUGGGUCCUUGACGCUGGCGCAAGACAAGCCGAUCAAACACCGAAAUGUCUACUUUGUCGACCUGCUGGUAGAAGGUUACGAAACCCAGAGAUUGAUACUGGUCAUCCCCUUCACCUGCAAAGUCCUCGCCCAGGGCGCCGAUUCCAUGGUGUUCAAACCUCCGAAUCCCUGGCUGAUGGAGAUCAUUCAUGUGUUGGUCGAACUGUACCAUUUCGCCGAGCUCAAGCUCAACCUCAAAUUUGAGAUCGAAGUCCUUUGCAAGGACCUUAAGCUCGACUUCAAAAAGCUUGAGCCUGCAACAGUCAUUCGGGAUCGGCCACAGACGGACGACGAAAUGACAAAUGUUUCAGCGCUGCCUGAUGGUCUGGAAACAUUCGAUGAGAUGUCUUUGAAUGGUGCGAUCACGCGAGGCGUCCGCGAGCGUCUUACAGCGCCGGAGAUCAUGGCAACACUGCCGAAUCUAGAGGAAGUGCUCAAGUACCCCCCUGCGUCCGGCUCACCCGUAGACCAAGCUAUGGUCAAGAAUAUUAUCUACCGCGCCUUCGACCAAGCCAUUCAGGAGAUCAUUGCUCCAGUCGUUGAGCGGUCCAUCACCAUUGCCUCGAUAUCGACUAAGGAACUGGUGGCAAAAGAUUAUGCGCUAGAGCCUGAUACCGAAAAGUACCGUACCGCCGCUAUUCAGAUGGUCAAGUCGCUGGCUGGUAGUCUCGCGCUCGUGACAUGCAAAGAGCCACUUCGACUGAGUAUUUCCAACUAUAUUCGCCGACCUGUUCAGGAUGACCUGCCCGAGCAUCUUCUUCCAGAAGGCGCGAUCCUGAUGUGCGUCAAUGACAACUUGGACAUUGCUUGUUCGUUCGUUGAACAAGCUGCUGAACAGCAUGCAAUUCCCGAGAUCGAACGGGCGAUUGAGGCCGACCUCGAAGAGCGUCGGCGCUUCAAUGCGGAAGGAGGACAUAGAGAGUUCAUUCCAUCAGGGACCAAUCGUUGGUCUGCUUGGAUCCCAGAGCCGUACAAACAGACCGUGGGUGGCCUGAACGAUGCCCAGCGUGCAGUUUAUGAGGAAUUUGACCGUCGUGUUCAUGGAAUGAAUGCGAAUUAUGUUUCUAACAGCGUGACUGAUACCGCUGGGCGCCAGCUACCCGACAUCUUGCAAGAGUCUUUGGCGAUGCCAAAUCUGUCUACCCCCGCCGAUCAGCCCUCACUUCCCCAUCAAAGUCCAUUGGUCCAGCAGGAAAAUCGCAUGCUCUCAGCGAUGCAGCAAUCCCGUACCAAUGGGUUUCCUGAGACACUGCCACCACAUGAACGCAUUUCUGUCCUCAUUGAGGACAUUCAAAAGGCGGCAAGGGCAUCGCAGGCCAAGCGUCUCAAAGAUUUGGAGAAGAACAGCUCUAUUUUCCAGGAUUUCAGGCAGAUCCUCAUUGUCCUGACGUCCUCUACUCGCCCCGCGGCCGACCUUCUAGCCAGGCAAAUCGCCGAGAAGAUUUGCAAUAUCUUUGUGUCGAAACCUCCCCAAGGUCCGCUUGAAGCCGAGGUUUUGGCAUUCUUGCUUUCCAAACUAUGUCAAUUGUCCGAGCUCAUCAUUCGGGAUGUUUUGAGAUGGAUGACUGCAAACGAGGACUUGUUGUUGGCAAGCUCUAACGUGGUGGUGGCACUAGUCACCGUCGGUUUAAUGGAGUUUGCCAGGGUCGAUGUCGCCAUUGCUUCAAUGUUGAUGAGCAGAAAUACCCAUGGGCUUCAGGUCCUUGCGGACAUGUUGGAUCAGACACUCUUUAUCGAUGAGCCAACAGCUCUGAGGGCCGAUUUUGCAAACAGUUUGAUUGCAAUGUCGGCGUGGCUGAAAGAGAAGCCUGACCUCCCCAUCGCUUCAGAACUCGGUCAGAAACUAAGCGCCCACGGCAUUCCUCAGCUCGUUAGCGUCGAGGUUAGUGACAAGGCCAAAGUCAAGCAGGAGCAAAUGCAUUACAUCUUCGACGAAUGGGUGGGCAUCUUCGAAAACAUCGGCGCCAAUGAAGGGACAUGUGCUGCAUUCCUCAGGGAGUUGCAUAAAGAUCAGACAAUCAACAGCACCGAAGAUCUAACCGAGUUUCUACGACUGUGCGUGGAUGCAUGCAUCGAGUGCUAUGACCGGGAGGCGCAAAGUGUUCGCGGCAGUGUCGAUGUUGCAUUCUCGCAAGUAGAUGCCCUGGCUCGCCUGGUGAUCAUGCUGGUCAAAUUCCAGGCAGACACGAACGGUGCAGCCCGACUCAGCAGAGCCGCAUACCUGGACACUGUCCUGACAAUCCUCGUCCUCAUCCUAAACCACCACCAGAACAUGCGAGGUGUGGGUUUCCACCAGAGACUAUUCAAUCGGCUGUUCGCCAAUAUCCUAUACGAGUACUCGGCGGCCCGGCUGGACGACACCGCAGACCACGCAGCAUUGAUGCUCGCUUUCGCCCAAUGCUUCAAAUCCCUCCAGCCGUCGUGGUUCCCCAGCUUUACCUAUGGCUGGUACAGUCUGAUUGUCCAUCGAGUCUUCGUCUCCGGCAUGCUCAGACCGAACAAUCAUGCCGGUUGGAACGCCUAUCAAGAGCUUGUCGGUCUAAUGCUCCUCUAUAUUUCAGAGUUGUCUAAGACAGAGGGCCUCGACCUCUUGAAUCUCGACCUGUACAAGGGCACACUAAGAAACGUCUUGGUCUUGCUGCAUGAUUACCCUGAAUUCCUUUGCGAAAACCACUCAUAUUUCUGCUCACGCAUCUCCUACAGAAUUCCGCAGCUAAGGAACCUGAUCCUGACGGCCAAGCCCUCGGCGUAUCAUGAUCUUCCUGACCCGAUGACACCAGGUUUGAAAAUUGAGCGCCUGGACGAGAUGAAGAGACAUCCGAUUUUGGCGCAUGAUUAUGACAUACCCCUUGAACGUGAGCAGCUCAAGGAUAUCAUUGCCGAAGUCCUGCACAAGACCGUUGAUGUGGAAGUGGCCUUGAAAGUGAUCAAUGCAGCUCUGCAAGCCGAGCAACCUCAAUCAUCGGCACUGGCUCCGAUCAAGAGCAUCGAGUUCAUCAACGCCCUGGUGCCGUACGUGGGCCAGGACGCCCUCAAUAGCUCUCCCGGGCGAUUCGAGCCCAGCUCGACGCAGGUUGUGCUCCUGACAAAGCUUGCCGCCAGUCUAUCGUUGGAGAAUCGGUACUUGCUUAUCAACGCGAUCGCGGAUCAGGUUCGCUACCCUAACUCGCAUACCGACUUCUUCUGCAAGCUUAUGCUUCAUUUAUGGGGCUUGGGAACGAUGGACGAGCAGCAACGGGAGGUUCGAGAACAGAUCUGUCGAGUUGUUUACGAACGGCUCACGGUUGCUCGACCACAUGUUUGGGGCAUGACAAUUCUAUUCCUCGAGUUGCAGCAGAAUGCAACGUACGGGUUUUGGGAGAGCGUGGCGCCCGACUCGAACAUACAGCAACGUCUCCAACAAGCCAUGAGGGCAUCUCAUUAG